UUCCUGUUUGUGUGCUUUCGCGUAUCGUGUGGCGAGACACCGGCUACUACUAACUACACGUGUAGAGUCCUUUAGGUUUAUAACUGGGUGUUUUGUUUUUAUUUGUUGGACUGUCAGUGCACCGAAAUAUAGUAGCGACAUUCUAAUUCGAGUUAGAGUGUUUCGUCUGUAGCCUGUAUUGAAAUUGACAUCAGAGGUAGGGGAAGAAGACAGAGGCUUCAGCGUAUGUUAACUGUUAUUUCAUCAAACGUGAACAAACAAGGUAAUGACAAGAUAGAGAACUUGGGAUGGAGUAUCUACCUAACUCCAAUUCGAGAUACAAAGACGUGGAGUACUGGGACGAGCGAUACAAGACCGAACAGAGUUUCGAAUGGUUUGGAGACUUGUCCAGAUUUCGUCACUUACUCCAGGGUCAUGUCGACGAAGAAGAUUCCAUAUUAGUUCUUGGUUGUGGGAACAGCUCCAUGAGUGUGGACAUGUACCGGGCCGGCUUCAGCUCCAUCACCAACAUCGACUACUCCUCGGUCUGCAUCGACACCAUGGCGCAGCGCCACACCGACUGUGCGGGCAUGAGCUGGCUCUGCAUGGACGCGCGGCGGCUGGACUUUGCCGACGGCUCGUUCGACGUGGUGCUGGAGAAAGGCACGCUGGACGCCAUGCUUGUGGACGAGAAGGACCCCUGGCGGGUGUCCGAGGAGACCGCCCGAAUGAUGCACCAGGUCCUGAAAGAGGUCAGUCGCGUCCUGAAGCCUGGUGGACGCUUCGUCUCUGUGACUUUCGCCCAGCCUCACUUCCGGAAGCGUCUGUAUGCACGGGCGGAGUACAGCUGGUCCAUCCAACACCAGACCUACGGCCAGGGCUUCCACUACUUCCUGUACGUGCUCACCAAAGGGGAGGAGCUUAGUCAAGAGGACGCCGCCCUGGAGCAGAGAGUGCGGCUUGAGGCAGAGGCCCCGUUCACGGACAUGGUCAGCUAUGAGGACACUGAAUCUGAGGACUUCCUCACUAACAUAGAUCUGUAGAGUGGAUGGGACACUCAAGACAUCCAGACCCAUGCACAGAUUUUAAAAAAGCAGUGGACAUUACAAGUCAUGCACCCUCAGGUGACUGGUCCAGACCACUCUAAACUGACAGCCUGUUGUGCCUACAAACCACUGUGUGUUGUGUGUUCACAAUUAGCCUUACAAUUAAGGCAUUAGGGGUAAGAUUUGAUCAGGGGGCUAGUUGAGAUGAGUUGACAACUUAUUGACAGGUUAUUCAAAGUUACGGCUUCUGGUUGACUGAUGGGUUACAGAAUUCAAAGACAUUUCCAGUAACAACAAUUUUAAAAUGUUCACCUCUAAGAAUUGUAUAAACCUGAAAAAUCUUGAAGUGAUAUUUUGAUACGAUCUUUCUGAGAUAGACUCACCUAUCAGUGCUUCAAGUAGAGUUCCAGACAAAGAACCAGACUAAAAGCAGCAGUUUGAUGGAUGAUGGCUCAGUAGGAUUUUUUUUUUAUGUUUCAAUAAUGUACCUCAGAGUGACUGUUCCUGUUUAUUUUGUCAUGGAAACACUUCCCUCAUGUCUAAAUGCAGGAAUACUCUACUGUCUUUGUGUUUCCUCUCCAAAAAAAUAAAACAUCUCUAAAUACAACCCAAUACAAUUCAAAGCAUCUCCCCUCCCUCCCUCUCUCUCACUCACUCCCUCUCACUCACACACACUC